UGAGGUGCCUUCAGCUUUUCUGUUGUUGCCAAAUUUGCAAUCAUUGUUAUUAGGUGGCAAUAAUAUCACAAAGCUUCCAAUGGACUUGGACCUAAAGAUCUAUCUCGAUCAUUAUGUGUCAUCGACCUCAAUAACAAUGAGCUGGUCGAUUUUCCUCUGGCUAUCUGCUUUCUCCCUUCAUUGGAGAAGCUGCACAUGAAACAAAACAGAUGAGAAAAAUAGUGAAAACAUCAAACGUUGCGGUGCUCUUUCCUUUCUUGACGUGUCUGCCAACAGGCUGAAGGAGAUACCUUCUUAUGUCCUCGGCCUACCGAAGCUUGUAGAGAUUCAUGCAUCAAACAAUGAGAUAAGUUCCGUCAGCUCUCUGCAAAAGGAUGGAUUGUCACUGGUAAAAGUAGUGGGCUUGGCAAAUAACGCCUUUUCACAUUUCCCAGAGGUUCUCAUGAGGAUGCCAAAUUUGAAGGAAGUUGACUUGAGUGCCAACGAAAUCAAGCUUAUUCCAGAGUCUAUCAGAGACAUGCCUGAUGAUGUUAGGCUAAACCUGCAAGACAAUCCUAUCAUCGACCCUCCUUUGGAGGUAUGUCAGGCAGGAGUACAGGCCAUAGUUGCAUUCCAGGAAGACUUAACCACAGCCAGCAGUAUCACACAAUGUCUCAAAACUCUGUUCUUGGGGACCUAUGAAGCUGGGAAGACCAGUCUUGUUCGAGCACUUGAACUGAAUCGCUCUGAUUUGACUAGGCUAGAGGACAGAACACAUGGGAUAGAAAUAAAAGAUAUUAGACUGGAAAUGCCAAAUACCUCCGAUAUUACGUUAUCUGUGUGGGACUUUGCUGGUCAGGAAAUAUACUACAUAACUCAUCAAUUCUUCUUGAGUUCAAAGGCCCUCAUGCUUCUAGUAGUGAAUCUGGAGAAGUAUGACUCAGGCAACUUUCCCUCCACAUGCGGGAACUGGUUGGAAAAUAUGAUAGCUAAGGUGGGGAACCCGGUCGUCAUUCCUGUUAUUACCCAUAUCGACAAAUGUCCUGAGAAAGUAGCCAAUGUGUGUAACGACUUGGCCAAGAAGCUUGCAAAGCAAGAGGAAAGGCGUAUUAACGAUCUACAGCGACAGCUGGAUCGUAUCGAUGAAUCAUCACCUGAAUCAGUUGUAAUGAGAGACAGAAGGAAGAGAAUCGAGGUUCUUCUUCAAAACAGGCCCGUAAUACAUCCGAAACCUGUACCUGUCAGCUCGAGUGAAUCACUUGAAGGUAUUCAGUAUUUGACUCAAGUCAUCCUCAACUACGCUGUGAACAAAGAUUUCUUUCCUGAGGUCGGUCGAACGGUUCCAAAAGUUUGGGCAGACACGGAAGAAAGUGUCAAAAGUCUGGGUGACGAGGGAAACCCUCUAAAUUACAUGACUUGGAGUGAUUUUGCGUCGCGCUUGACAAAAAAGGUUCCCAAUCUGCAGCCAGAGUCUCGCACCAAAACUGUUGCGCAAUAUCUCCACGAUACAGGCAAGAUUCUGUGGUAUUCAGAAAUCGAGUCCUUAAGGGAGCAUGUGUUUCUCAAGCCGGCUGCGCUUGUAGACAUCUUUAGGAAAGUUAUUCGGUAUGACAUUAAGAAAGUUGUUGAUUAUGAGUCAGACGGUUGCUACAGUGAGGCCGGGAUAACACGCGCGGCCUUUGACACAAUGAAAAAUGACCUACUCAGGAAUGGAAUACUCGAUACCAAAUUGCUAAGAUGUUUGUGGUCAGAUGUUGAAGAGAAAUGUCGACAAAUGCAAGGAACCUCACCUCAAGGAACAUUCGAUGAUAUUUUUCCUGUACUGAUUGAACUGAUGAAACAGUUUGAACUUUGUUAUGACCUUAGCAACGAAGAGGAUGGCGGUCAUAGCAAACUUCUGUUGCCCUGGUGCAUAAAAGAAGACUUGGGAGACAAGGCCAUAAGGCAAUGGGAAAAGGGAGUGGGUCCUGUCAUUUCACUUCAGUACCAGUUUCCAUCUUUCAUCCCUCCUGGCCUGUUUGCCCGCCUGACUGUCAGAGCGCACACCCCAAAACAUUGCUUGCACUUCGCUAUGCACUGGAGUAGUGGUAUAUUGUGUAAACACAAAAGCAACAGUAUAGUCGUGCUUUUGAAGAAUGAGGGUACGGGAAGGCUUGUGGUUUCACUCAGUGCUAGACCAGAGAGCAAGAACGCGGACCGUGAGAGAGUAACUACAGACCUUUGGAAUACGUUGCAAGGGUUAAGUUUGGAAGUGGAGGAACUCCUGAAGCAAUGGCCAGGUGUCCGGUUUGACCGGUUCGCCGUCUGCCCUAGCUGUCACAAGCCGUCAUUUCCUGGGGUAAUGGCUACACCGGACUUGCAGAGGGUCAGAGGAACGAGAGAUCUGCUCCUCCUGCAGCGAAAGGGUCCUGCAUAAAUGUCUGGUACCACCGCCAGCGCGCGGAACAGGCCGAUCUACUCUUCCAGGGGGACCUGAUUCAUCCAGGACUGAUCUUCAACGACUAUCCGAUCGG